AUGGAAAAGAGAACGAGAGGAGGAGGAGGAGGAGGAAAAGGGACGGGGCGCAGCGAAGCCACACGCACACAGGAACGACAAGAAGGAAGGAAAAAAGACAUGGAAAGUAAAGGCACGCCAACAACACGACAUCCACACGUCUUGACGACAGCGCGGUGCAAAAAAGAGACGUUGUGGCACGGGACACCGAAAAGGCAGACGAACCCAACGACAGCGGUGGCCUCUAAAAGUGAAGUCGUUGCCACUUCUCCACAUGAUGGGGGUAGCGGGAGGCUGCCGGAGGACAGCCAGGAGGCGACAGACGAAGUGGUGACGCUCUCCUCCGCCUCAUCCCCACUUUCCCGCGCGUUGGACGGGUCAUGCAUGCCUUUUGCCCCACCUUUGGGCAGUGACACGGCGGUCACUGUGGCGUGUGGCCCGGUCAACAGGUCUUCGCUCCUGUCUACAGAGGAACAAACGGCACAUGCGAGUUUGGGUCAGUCCGAUGCCAUGACGGACAGGCGACGGAGCGAAGAAAUGCUGUAUUACCUUGAAGCGGCUCGUGCACUACGUGAGGUGACGAGUGGUGUGGAAGCCCGAGAACAGUGUUUGAGGGACGAGAUUGAACGGCAAAGUACACUUUAUGAAGCAAAGAAAUUAGAUCUUGCUGAGAAACAGAGGGUGUAUGAACGUCUUCACGAAUCCACGUUGCGUCUCACACGGAAUGUACGUAGAUUAGAUAGUGAAAAUGAUCGUAUACGUGAUCGGCUCACAAAACUUCAAAUGGCGAUUGAAAAAAUGGAGUCUAGAAAACUACCCCGACAUAUACAACAGGAUGUUGACCGCGUGGUACGUUGCGAGUCCGUUCCAUCAUGGCAAGGGGCCAAUCAGCGUGUUGGUGGUGGUGAAGCCAUUGUUCCCAUGCGGAGUGUUGGUUCUGUCGCCAAGAAUACAUUAAUGACGGAACUUGAAAUGUAUACACAAAAACUUCGAUCCGCCGAGGUACGGCAUGACAAAUUAAUAAAAGAACUGCAAUUGGCCGUUGCAAGAAGAAAAGGACGCGCUGCCGCCUACAAUAGUUUUGGCGCCUCACUCUCCUUCUCUGGGUACUCGGGAAUGGGAAAUAGGGAUGGUUCAUUCCUUACAGAUAGUGUGGGGGAAUCUAUUGCCAUUCAACAGUUGGAACGGAUGAUUGACGACAGUCUUAUCCGUUGCAAAUAA